CCGGUGUCCUUCGGCGCCCCCCAGUGGUCAUGACGGGAUAUUGUACUUGGAACUUCCUGUAUCUGUAAAGGGUGGGACAGCGGAAGCGGCAGCUCGCAGCGCUGACAUAUUCAUUUUUUGCCUGCUAGAUUUGGGACAUAUUGUACCAAAAUGCCGGCUUACCACUCAAGCCUGAUGGAUGCAGACACCAAACUGGUGGGGAAUAUGGCGUUAUUGCCCCUUAAAACACAGUUUAAGGGUCCUGCUCCUAAAGAAACCAAAGACACAGAUAUUGUCGAUGAGGCCAUCUACUACUUCAAAGCCAAUGUUUUCUUCAAGAACUACGAAAUUAAGAAUGAGGCGGAUCGAACUUUGAUCUACACCACUCUUUACAUCUCUGAAUGCCUCAAGAAGCUCCAAAAGUGCAGUUCAAGGGGCCAAGGAGAGAAGGAGAUGUACACACUGGGAAUUACCAACUUUCCCAUCCCUGGAGAACCUGGCUUCCCUCUGAAUGCAAUGUAUGUUAAACCCACCAACAAACAGGAAGAAGAAACGAUGAGGGCUUACCUGCAACAAAUCCGACAGGAGACAGGACUGAGAUUGUGUGACCGUGUGUUCGACCCUCAGACAGACAAACCAAGCAAGUGGUGGGUGUGCUUUGUGAAGAAACAGUUCAUGAACAAAAGUCUGUCUGCGCCUGGCCAGUAACAAACCUCUCAGGAUCUCCCUUGGUACUUCUGAGUAGGAUGUGGAUGGAUUUUUUCUUCAACAACUGUUUUUUUUUUUCUUUUUUCUUUAAUGUGUAUGCGAGCGUGUUUAUUCUGAUUCUGUUUUUUUACUGGUGAUAUCAAGCAUUUGAUUUCCAGCCUGUCAUGUAAAGCAGGAGCAGAUCAAAUAAAAAUCUAUUGAAGAGAAA